GCCGACGCCCGUGUUCGCCUGUUCCUGUUUUGCGUGCAUAAAUAAUCGGUGGCUCGAUCGGCGUACUGGUGCAUCUCUCUCUCCGAGCAUCAUCCCGUGGGGUGCGAUGGCGGCGAAGGAGCGACUGGACACCAUCCGCAAGCACCUCCAAGGAGCCGGCAACGAGUCCAGCGACGAUGCACGCUCCCAGGACGGCGGUGCCGCGGCGAAGGGCGUCUGCCCGCCCGUGGCCAGGACCACCACGAUUCCAAGACGAAGGCAGGAGUUGCUGAAGUGGAAUGGCUGGGGAUACAAGGAUUCCAAGUUUGUAGUCGACGGCACCACACAUCAUAUUUCCUUCACAGGCGACAGGUACAAGAUUGGAAACAAGGUGCUGCCUCACUUCAAGGCCUGGGUCGAGUCGGCGUUGGGCGUCGACCUCAGCGUCCUCAUGCCGGCUCAGCCGCCCCCCUCGGACCAGGAGCUUCCGCCCCCCAUCAUCAACGAGGCAUUCCUCGAAGACGUUCGUCGCGCCGGCAUUUCCUACUCGGCCGAUGGCCAGGACAGGCUCUUCAGGGCACACGGUCACACCAUGCGGGAAAUCUUCAUCCUACGUGAGGGCUCCUUCGCUCGAAUUCCCGACUUGGUCGUCUGGCCACUGUGCCACGAAGACGUUGUCAGCCUGGUGUCCCUGGCUUCGCAGCACAAUGUUGUCCUCAUUCCAUUUGGAGGUGGCACGAGCGUGUCGGGCGCCCUUGAAUGCCCGGCCUCAGAGACAAGGAUGAUCGUUUCACUGGACACCUCGCAAAUGAACCGCAUCCUGUGGGUUGACAAGGUGAACAUGACUGCAAAUAUCGAGGCUGGCAUCAUUGGCCAGGACCUUGAGAGACAGCUAGCAGAGCACGGCCUAUGUACGGGCCACGAGCCAGACUCGUACGAGUUCAGCUCACUCGGUGGCUGGGUGGCAACACGGGCAUCCGGCAUGAAGAAGAACGUGUAUGGCAACAUUGAAGACCUGGUGGUGCACGUGCGGCUAGUCACACCCAGCGGCACGGUUGAGCGCAGCUGCCAGGUGCCCCGAAUCUCUAGUGGGCCCGACGUGCACCACUUCGUGCUCGGCUCAGAAGGCACCCUGGGUGUGGUGACACAGGUGGUGCUCAAGGUGCGGCCGCUUCCACAGUGCCAACGCUACGGCUCCAUCGUCUUCCCCACAUUCGAGCCGGGUGUUGCCUUCCUGCAUGAGAUCACCCGACAGAACAUUCGGCCAGCCUCCAUACGUCUCAUGGACAAUCAGCAGUUUGUCUUCGGGCAAGCACUCAAGCCCGAGGCAUCUUCCCUCCUGGCGCCACUGUGGGACGGCUUCAAGAAGUUCUACGUGACGCGCAUCAAGGGCUUCAAUCCAGAGCAGAUCUGCGUGACCACUCUGCUCUUCGAAGGCAACAAGCAGGAUGUUGACAUGCAAGAGAGGCGGGUGUACGAGAUUGCAGCCAAAUACGGUGGCUUGGCUGCUGGUGAAGAAAACGGCAUGCGGGGAUACAUGUUGACUUUUGUCAUCGCUUACAUCAGGGACUUGGGCCUGGACUUCAGCGUCGUUGCCGAAUCGUUCGAGACAUCAGUACCAUGGGACAGGGUGGUGGAUCUGUGUCGCAAUGUCAAGGAUGUCAUCAUGCGAGAGUCACGGAAUCACGGAGUGUCGUUGCCCCCACUGGCCUCAUGUCGCGUGACACAGACGUACGACGCGGGAGCCUGCGUCUACUUCUACUUCGCCUUCAACUACUCUGGUGUCGCCGACCCUGUGCACGCAUAUGAGGAGAUUGAGGCUGCAGCAAGAGAAGAGAUCCUGGCAUGUGGAGGCAGCAUUUCCCAUCACCAUGGAGUUGGCAAGAUCCGAAAGCGCUGGCUGGAGCAGACAAUAUCGAGCACGGGCUUGCAGAUGCUUCGCGCCGUGAAGCAAAGUGUCGACCCACAGAACAUCUUCGCCAGUGGCAAUCUGGCGAUGUGAAUUCAACGAACAAACGGACUCUGCUUCUUCUUCCAGGGGGCAUUUUCGCAGAAGGCUCACACUAGGGGGGGGCCAACAUAAUCGCCGGCACAGCCGCCGGGCUGGGACACCGAGCUGGGACACCAGCUUAUCGUGACAAUUUUGUAAAGGGCAUUAGGGUGAACUCUCAGUUGAGUAAUGUCACAAGGAAACAGACAGAACAAAGUGACCAGCGGGAAAAGGACGAGUGAUGGAGUAGAUUUCACCAGUGCAUCUUGGUGCAGUUCUGUUAAAAAGUGCCGUUGUGUUGUGGCAUUCCUGGUGCGAGUGACGGCGUGUGCCAUUACUUGCGACGCUGGCCCAGUUGGCCAGAAAUUCGGCCCGCAGCAUUCCGCCUGUCUACAGCAGCUACAAUGGCAUGCCUUGUUGCCAAGCAACUGCGACACACAUACCGAGGGCAACUACCGCAGUGCACGUGCUCCGAGAUUGCUUCUUUUUUGUACAUCUCAUUGGUGUAACGUCUAUCAGUGAGUGCACAGAUUGCAUUCUGGAAUAAAUUAAGCAUGGUUUGACAUUUUA